AUGGCGAUUGUUUGUUUUGAAAAUAGCGUGAGAAGUGAGAACUUCGCGUGUUUUAAUUUUUGCUCUUUUUGGUCUCGAUUUUUGAGACAAUUUGACACCUCAAAUCGUGAGGAAUGUCCAUUUUUAUGAAUAUAUGUAUGGCAAGGUAAACAGAUUUCUUCCAAAACAAGAUGCUUGAGGCAAUGUGACACCACAAAUCGUGAGAAAUGUUAAUUUUUGUAGCAAGCCAUGAAAUGGCUAUCAUCUAACUCAAAUCUGUCCUGUCGAGUCCGUGACACUUAUGACUGCAUUCCGAAGGAUUCCAAAAUGGCUUCGACAGGGAAUCAGAACUUCGCGUGUUUUAAUUUUUGCUCUUUUUGGAUGUGUUUGAUACCUCAAAUCGUGAGGAAUGUUCAUUUUUAUGAAUAUAUGUAUGGCAAGGCAGACAGAUUUCUUGCAAAACAAGAUGCUUGAAUGCAACAGUUUCCUAAUAUAGCCUUAGAUUAUUUCAUUAAAAAUCAACAACAUCUAAAGGCAUUAAUUGUCAACAAAGCUUGUAAAAUAUUUUUUCUGAUUAGUGGCGGCUUAAGUAGCGUUUUCCCAAAAGAGAUCACAGUGCAUUCUGGGAUCGUUUGGAGGGACAAAAUAUAUAGUGACAGGCGUCAAAUAUGUGAAAGAGUAGAAGUAUCUACUAUCAAAUAUCAACCUUUUAGACGACCAAAUAUGAAAUAUCUCCUUUUCACAUUAAACUCUUAAUUUAAAAUGUGCUGCUAUAUUUCUUGUCCCUCCAACAUGGGAUUUGCGCGACUAGACCCAGGACUUUGGGAAAUGGCAAAUUAGGACAAGUUAUUUUGAUCAGUAGCUGAAACAAGUUUACUGUAGCUGCACAAAAAAUAAGCUGAUGUACCGUUCAAUUAUUAAUAUCCCUUCCCAGGAGUGGGCCAGGACAUACCGUAUAGAUUUUGUCUUAUGAUUUUGUUACAGCAUAUCUAUAAUCCUUUUCCUUUUAUAUACAGCAUAUCUUAUUUAUAUACCUUUUCCUAGUUGAGGCACAGUAAACCCUGCGCUAUAAUCCCCUAUUUCAGAGAAGUACCAUGGACCAAAUAAAACCUAAUCAGUUUCUUGUAGAGACAAACUGGGAGCUCAUGUGCAUGUGGAGCAAAAUAAUGAUAAACAAAGUCGUGCCCUGCAUGUUGCAGCAGCAAACGUCAGUCACAGAGGUGAAACGAGCAUGGAAAUCACUAAGCAACAAACACCAACACUUUUAACAAGUUAGUUAACCUCAUGCACCUGCAGGGACCGACUGAUGGCUUGCAAAAUGUACGCAGUGCGUACCUAUUUUUAAUGUAAUGUAACAUGAUCGCUUUUAUAUUGAUAUUAUAACGAAAUUAUUCUUAUACUGAUACUCUAAGGUUAUUAUGAUGCAUCCAAAGACGAGCAGAUCCUUAAUGUUGGUGAUAUAUUGCACUUGAAAAGUAUUAAUAAAACCAAGAAAGGUGGAAAAAAGUUGGUCUGUAUCAAUCAAAACGGUCAUACUAUUGAACUGCCUAAAGAUUGUGUGGCUGGUGGCUUCCAACCUACGGCUGAUGGAAAAGAGUAUUACCUAGCCGAGGUUCUUAAAAAAUUCUCACUGCCGCUUUACGUGCGAUUCGUUGAACCUUACACCAUGGAUCAAGAAACCCGAUCGAAAGAUAAACCCCUCUAUCAACCCGCAGGUACUAUUUGCCUAAAUAGAAUAUCUACUGAGACAGUUAUUACGGCAACAACAAUAAAAAAUGGCCAACAAAAAAUAGUGCAAUUCUCUCCCGAUGUAGAUAUAAACGUUGUUGUGUGUAACGAUACGUUCAGAAAAAGCGCAGAUUAUGUCAACAAUUCUCACAGUUUUAACAAGGAAAUGA